AUGGACUUUGGCCGAAGGUCCAGGGGUUUACGAGUCAUGUGGGCCCGCCUCGCCGCCGGCAUGGUUUUGAUCUGGCAUUUGGGACUGCAGGGUUGCGACAGCAUUCUUGGCCCCGGGCCAGAAGUUGAAGAGUUCGGCUUGGGCCUGCAAUCCGUGUUCCGAGUUCCUUUCGAUAGUGCGGACAGGGGCUGGGAGCCUUUCGUGAUGAACGGAACGCAGUAUGUUGCGCUGGCGGCUGAAAUCCUUGAUUCCAUGCUCUACGAGUUGGAUGCGGCGACCUUUCAAGAGGUGCAGAGGCUUGGCGGGAAUAUUGGGAACAGGGUCCAUGACGUGGUGUACUUCGAAAUCGGCGGCGCCUCCUACCUUGCUCUGGCAAGCUCCAAGGGGGUGGAGCCGAAGAUUUGUCGCUGGGAGGGCCGUCAGUUCGUCGAGUAUCAGAUCGUGCCAAAUCAGGAUCCUAGCAACAGAAUGACAGACUUGGAGGACUUUGUGAUCGACGGUGUGAGUUACCUUGGUGCGGCCAUGACUGAGUCACCCAGCUACGUCUUCAAGUGGAACGGUACUGCUUUCGAGGAGUUUCAGACGAUCCCCACCCGUCAUGAUGCCAGAGCGAUGAAGUUCUUCAACAUGGAGGGUGUCAAGUACCUGGCCAUAGCUGCGCACAUAGGCGGAGAUGUCGCAAUCCACCGUUGGAGCGGCUCGUCCUUUGAGCCCUGGAAGACGUUAGAUGCCCAAAACGCAGUGGACUUGGCUGUCUUCUAUAUCAACGACGUCCUCUACCUGGCUGUCGCAGAGCAUCGGGAAGGACCCGCCAGGAUCUAUUCAUGGAGUGGGUCUGACUUCGAAGUGGCUCAGAGCAUUGACGCGACAUACACACACUCCGUCCAUGCCUUCGUUGCCGGCGGUGUGAACUUCCUAGCAUUGACCACGUCGGGACACCAUAACCGAAUCUACGCAUGGAGAGGAGACAAGUUUGAACAG